ACCAACUGGGGCCAGUACAGGCCCGGCCUGGGAAAAUAUAAGCCUGACAACAUCGACCCAUGCCUGUGUGACCAUCUGAUCUACGCCUUCGCUGGGAUGAACAACAAUGAGAUCACGACUUACGAAUGGAACGAUGUGACCCUUUACAAAUCCUUCAACGGCCUGAAGAACCAGAAUGGAAAUCUGAAGACCCUCUUGGCAAUUGGAGGAUGGAAUUUCGGGACAGCCAAGUUCACCGCAAUGGUUUCCACUCCUGAGAACCGCCAGACCUUCAUCAAUUCUGUCAUCAAAUUCCUGCGCCAGUAUGAGUUUGAUGGGCUGGACAUUGACUGGGAAUACCCUGGGUCCAGGGGCAGCACACCCCAGGACAAGGCUCUCUUUACCGUCCUGGUUAAGGAAAUGCUGGCAGCCUUUGAGCAGGAAGCCAAACAAGUCAACAAGCCCCGUCUCAUGGUCACCGCUGCUGUCGCUGCAGGACUUUCCAACAUUCAGUCUGGUUACCAGAUUGCUGAGCUUGGACAGUACUUGGACUACUUCCAUGUGAUGACUUAUGACUUCCACGGCUCCUGGGAUGGACGCACUGGGGAGAACAGCCCUCUGUACAAAGGCCCAGCUGACACUGGUGACCUCGUCUACUUCAAUGUGGAUUAUGCUAUGAAUUAUUGGAAGAGCAACGGUGCCCCAGCUGAGAAGCUCCUUGUUGGAUUCCCCACCUAUGGACAUAGCUUCAACCUCCAAAACCCAUCCGACACUGCUGUUGGGGCUCCAACAUCAGGACCUGGGCCAGCUGGACCUUACACAAGGCAGUCUGGAUUCUUGGCUUACUAUGAAAUCUGCACAUUCCUGGACUCUGGAGCCACCCAGGCUUGGGAUGCCCCCCAGGAUGUCCCCUAUGCUUACAAAGGCAACGAAUGGGUUGGCUAUGACAACAUCAAGAGCUUCAACAUCAAGGUUGACUGGCUGAAGAAGAACAACUUUGGAGGUGCUAUGGUUUGGUCUCUUGACAUGGAUGACUUCACUGGUACUUUCUGCAAGCAGGGCAAAUAUCCCCUGAUCAACACUCUGAAGAACGGUCUUGGUGUGAAAAACGACA